GUCUGUUCCUUUCUGUUGGAAUUGCUGCGCAACUUCCAAAUGCUCCAACAAGACCCACAACACUCGCUACUUCGGAAAGGCAGAGUUCCUUGAGUGCGAGCCAGUCCCAGGCGUUUACAAGAAAGAAGGAAAAGUGGUAACGCCGGACAUGGUGGAGAGGGGAGUCUACUUUGGGAAAUCGAGCUACAUCUGUGAGGAGAAGUGUUGGAUGAAAUUAGAGUGGAUGAAAGGCCGCAAAUCCAGACGCAGUGUCUUCCGCGGUGGGGGCGUUGACAGUUCUUGUGUGUAUGAGCGCGUGAGCGGCCUGGACUGGAAGCGAAAGCCCAUCAAAGUCCCGGAAUACAAGCC